AUGCGUUUAUCAAUAACUCUGCUGUCAUACCUUGGCGUCAUAGCAGGCGUUCUCGGAACAAACGGGCCAGCCAUUGCCCUUCAAGGUGUAGAUGCGAAUCAGAAGACGCUGUACACCAAUGAUUGGGCAGAUCGAAUAUGGAAGCAAAUCCAAGGCGUUUCUUCUUGUUCGGGAUGUCAGGGCUUGUUGUUGACCUUCAAAAAUCUUGCGAAUCUGGGCGAUAGAACGUUCAUCAAUACACUUCAAAAUGUUGAAGACGCAGACGUUUGCGAUGGAACUAUCGAGCUUCAAGGGCCGAUUAUUGCUGAGGCGCUGAGAAAUGUCGCCAUCGGCUCAAAGACUGCACGGCAUUUCUGUGUCACUUUCCUAGGCCUUUGCGCCUAUCCAGCCGUGGAGGAGUGGGACGUUCCUAUGCCACCUGAUCAUCUUCAACGAAAGCGCCCAGUCCCAAGUGGACGAGACCCUGUCAAGGUCGUUCACUACUCUGAUAUUCAUGUUGACCAACUCUACACGGAGGGGUCGAGUGCAGAGUGCAGCAAGCCUAUAUGCUGCAGGCCGUUCUCAGAAGCUGAUGAGCCUGGAAGAACUGACUCUCCAGCUGGUCCCUAUGGCGAGCACACGUGCGAUUCUCCUGCUUCUCUCGAACAGAGCAUGUAUAAAGCAAUCAAAGAGCUGGUUCCUGAUGCUGCUUUCACCAUUUUCACCGGAGAUGUCGUCGAUCAUUCGAUUUGGAAUACCAGCUGGGACUACAACGAACAUCAGAUCAUCGAGUCAUAUGAGCAUAUGGAUAAAUACCUGGGUAUAGUAUACGGGACAGCUGGAAAUCAUGAGGCCCAUCCCACAAACGCCUAUCAACCUAGUUCCCUUGGCAGCUCGUCCUCAUGGAUUUACGAUCUCCUGGCUGGGACAUGGGGUCGCUGGAUCGGCCACGAAGCCGCUUCUAAAGCAGCUCAAAUAGGCGCCUACUCAACCAAGUAUCCCAACGGCAAUCUGCGCGUCAUCUCUCUCAACACAAACUUAUACUACCGUGGCAACUUCUGGCUGUUCCAGAAGAAGAUGCUCCGUGAUCCUAGUGGUCAGAUCGAUUGGCUCGUCGAAGAGCUUCACGCCGCUGAGAAAGCUGGCGAGCGCGUCUACAUCAUAGGACAUAUGCCGCUUGGUGACCGAAAUGCCUUCCAUGAUCAGUCGAACUAUCUGAACCAGAUAGUGAACCGAUACUCCGCAACCAUCGCGGCUAUGUUCUUCGGACAUACUCACAGAGAUCAUUUCCAGAUUACCUACAGCGAAGCUCCCAACAACACCUUUAGCAACGCCCUACUUACAUCAUACGUUGGCCCUUCACUCACGCCAACGUCGGGCAUGCCCUCGUUCCGCGUCUACGAUGUCGAUCCUGUCACGUUUGCAGUCCUCGACAUAACCACCUACAGCGCUGACAUGACAUCUCCCACAUACCAAACCCAAGGUCCCGUGUGGAAAAAGUACUACUCAGCCAAGGAGACAUACGGCCCGCUUACGAACCCGCCCAUGACAAAUCCCAAAGCCGAACUUAGCGCGGCAUUCUGGCACAACAUCACUGAAGUCUUUGAGAAGAACCAAACGGCUUUCGAUGAUUAUAUGCUACGCCUCAGCAGGGGUUGGGUUCAGCCAGAAUGUACCGAUGAGUGCCGGACUACGCAGAUCUGUAUGCUGCGGGCGGCGAGAAGUCAGGAUGGAUGUGAUGUACCCACGCUGGGUUCUUCAUGCCAUACAAGAAUGGAGAGUGGUGCGGAGAGGGAUGAGUGUGGUAUUUCCGUUCUACAAGCGACCUUCUCUGCAUUAGUAGCUAAAGAGGGUGUCUUGAAGAUGCUGCAAGAGAUGUUGGUUGAGCUGAACUUGAAACUGCAUGGUUAA